AAAAAGAUGGUGGCGCGCGAGCAGCUCCGUUGCGGUGGCAGCUGGCUGAGCGGGAGCCGCGCGGUCUUUUCUGCGGAUUCUAAGUACCUCUUGUGUGCUUCCGGUGACUAUGUAAAAGUCUACAGCACGGCUACAGAAGAAUGUAUACAUGUCCUACAGGGUCACAGCAACUUUGUCACAGGAAUCCAGUUGAAUCCCCAAAAUCAUCUGCAGCUCUAUUCAUGGUCUCUAGAUGGCACCAUUAAGCUUUGGGAUUUUAUGGACGGAAUUCUAAUCAAGACAUUUGUCGUUGGGUUCAAAGUCUUUGCAUUGUAUGCACUUCCAAGCUUUGAAAGUUCAGUAUAUCUUAUUAUUCCAAAGGAUAAUGAUGAAAGAUCAGAAUUUGAGACCCAAUCCUAGGAAUUGCUGUUCUGGCUGAUAAGGAUUUAUGGUUACGGGGAUGGAUAUUAACUGCCGUAUCAGCACAAUCUCUGGUAUGUGCUGACACUGGCAAGCCAACGCUAGUUUUAUGCUAGUGCAGAAAGGUCAGCUGAUGCUACUAUGCCCACGCACAGAAACCAAAAUGGCAUGGCACAACUUGUGCAAAAA